AUAUGAAAUUGCGACACAAUUCCAGUUUUGCGAAGCAUUACAAGCAGACAUCAGAAGCCGGACGGUGGAUUCCAUUCCCCUGGGCAGAAUUCAAGUUUAAGCCCGGCUCAAACCACUCGACCAGUCAGUUCCAAGCGAAACCGCGGCGCGACAACAACGGCCGUUCGGACUGGAGAAACAAAAGAUAUAAAACAAGCCAUAAAAACGGAAAGCAUCUAGGUGCGCAGCAUGUUCGUCUUACUUGGAGUGCUCUGUCUGCUGCAGACAGCUAGCCUGGUGCCCGCCCAGCUGAUUACACUGCGCGAUGGCAAGGUGGGCGUGAACUUUGCAGGAUACCACGCGGACGCGGGACUCGGAGGACUGCUCACGGGCAACUCGGCCCACGGCGGACUCAGCGCCUCGGCCGGAACUCCGUGGGGUUCCCGGGCAGCCGCCGGUCUGGGCGGCAAUCUGGAUGGACGAGCAGCCGGCGUGGGCUAUGCCGCCGCCCAGGCCAAUCCUUCCGUGGGAGCCAGUGCUCUUUUGGGCGGAAGCGCAGGGGAACACGGCUAUAUCGGGGCCGAGGCCCACAGCCCGGGCAGGAGUGUGAUCUCCUCGUCCUCCUCUCACCGCGCUGGCCAGCCGGCUCAUCCUGAGAAUCCCGUCCCCGCCUCGCCCACUUCUGGGCCUGUUGUCACCAACCACAUCCAGAAGGUCAAGCCCCCCAAGAAGUACUCGCUCAUCCAACAAGAUCCGGACCGCAGCGAAAUCAUUGAAAAUCAUGUUAAAGCGGCCGCAGAUGCCGAUGCGGUGGAUAAACACCCGCCCUUGGCUUUUCCGGCUCUGCCUGCCGCCCCGCCCACCGCGCUGGUAAUUGUCAAGCGACCACGCCCACAUGCGAAGCGACAACGUCAGCGGCAACGUGUCGUCUACGUGAUGCAGCAGCAGCAGCCGCAGGAGCAGCAAAUUCCGGAGGAGGCGGCCCAAAAGGACGAGCCGCACUCGACCGUUGAGGUGAAGAGCGAGGCCAAGGCGGUGACCGCCCACAAGUACAAGACCGUCCAGCGAACCCAGGCCGUGAACAACCGCUUCCUGGCGCCCCAGGCCCAAGGACCCGUGGGCCUGGCCCUCGAUAUUCCCAUUGGCAUCCUGCGAUCCCUGCAGCAAUCUUUGGGUGCCUUGGCCGGCGGAGUAGCACCUCCACCUCCGGCAGUUGCAGCCGCAGGUGCAGCAGCAGGCGCAGUUCCCAACGCUCACUAACCUCAAAAAUAAAAUAUAUAUUUAAUAUAUAUUAUAUAUUUAAGACCUCCUUAGAGCUUAGUUACAGUGGAAAUUAAUAAAGCGUUUACGCAAAAGUCAAAA